GUCUACACAGCCGACGGCCUGUGGUGAAAUUGCUAGAGUUCUAGGUAAUCACUUUUCAAGUGCCUCUAAUAUGUUUACACAGCUGGCGGGCUGCGGGGGAACUCCUGCUGAUUCGAGUACUUAAAUCCUAGAAAGCUUACUCAGCUGACAGCCGGAUUGCCUCUGCGUGGGGGUAAUUACUUGUGUGCAGGUGCUUGCGGUUUAUUUUUUUUAUCUGAGAGCAGUGGAUACAACAGGAGGCCGGAUUCGGAUCAGCUGGACUGCAAUACCAGGAGCAACAGCUUAUAAAAUUGUCUGGAGAGAUCAAACAGGAUAUGAGGUAACCAGAAUUGUGUCACAUGACACAACAAUAUUUGACAUUGACCGAGUGCAACAAGGGGGAACCUAUUACAUUAACGUGUCGCCACUUUCUGGAGGCAGAGAAGGAAAUCCUGUCAGCAUUGUGGUUCAAGCAGCUACAGCCAUUGAGCGUGUGACAGAGCUCCGUGCCCUUGAGACUCGGAGUAAUCUUAUUCGAAUAACCUGGCGAGGGAUGCCCCAGGCAACAGCAUACAAGGUCACGUGGAAGCGUGCUGACGGAACUGAGGAGAGCCAAGUGCUGAGUAGUUCCACAAAUGUAUUUGAUGUGGAACGCUUGCAGCCGAAUUCAGUGUACGUGAUUGGAGUUUCGGCAAUGGUGGGAAACAGACAGGGGCCUCUCGCCACCGUCACUGCGAGAACUGAAUCGCUUGUGGGUCGUGUGACGAACCUUCACGUCAUCGAAACGCAGAGCUCCCGGAUUCGAGUCAGCUGGGUUGGAUUUGCUACGGCAACGGCAUACAGGGUCACAUGGCGCCGUGCUGAUGGUGUCAAGGACAAUCGGAUUCUGAACAGAGAUACCACCACCUUCGACAUUGAGGGGUUGCAGCCCAACACUAUGUACGCGAUUGAAGUCUCGGGACUGGUUGGAUCCAGAGAGGGAAGCAUCAUGACAGUGACUACAAAGACCAAUCCCAUUGUUGGCGAUGUGACCAAUGUACGAGUGACUGAAGCUCGGCGAAACAUGCUCCGGAUCACGUGGACUGGAGUAGGCAGGGCGUCUGCAUAUAAAAUCACGUGGAAAAGUGCGGAUGGAGUUGAGGAGAGUGAUACGGUGAGUGGCGAUGUCAAAUCAUUUAACAUCCAGAAGUUAAAGCCCAACACUGCGUAUGCGGUCAGAAUCACUCCGAUCGUUGGGAAUAGAGAAGGAAAUCCUGCCACUAUUAUGACAAAGACCGCAUCCAAAGAGGGCCAGAUAGCCGGGGUCAGCGACGUGCGUGUGCUCGAAGCUCGUAGUGAUGUCCUGCGCGUGUCUUGGGUCGGUGUUCAUGAAGCCACGUCUUACCGCAUCAGUUGGAAACGCAGUGAUGGAGGACCUGAGAUCACUAGAGUUGUACCUGGAGACGUAACGACCUUUGACAUUGCGGACUUGCAAGGCGGAGUUAAUUACCUCGUGAAAGUUGUUGCGUUGAUUAGAAAUCGAGAAGGACAGCCUGUCACAAUUACAGCGACCACUCCUGCUGUUGAACGUCCUCUGGGAGCAGUUGAGGGUCUGCGCAUCAUUGGUUCAACAACCAAACGGAUACAGAUCACCUGGAAUAGUGUCCCGGGAAGCUCUGGAUACAGAAUCCAGUGGAGACUGGCAGAAGGUGGCCUGGAGACUACACGGCUGGUUACAGCAAACACCAACACGUUUGACAUCCUGAACCUGCGACCAGGGACGAACUACAUUAUCAGAGUCUCCUCACUUUUCGGGAACCGUGAAGGGGUCCCUGCAACAGCUACAGCUGCUACAACUCAAGCUGAGGAGGUGCAGGGUUUCCGAGUGACUGAUGUUGACACUGGCCAAAUGACCCUGGGCUGGUCCCACGUUCCUGGAGCUACCAGCUAUAUCCUCUCUUGGAGACUUGCUACCUUGCAAAAAGAACAACAGUCAGUCACUGUGCCAGACACAAUUAACACCUACCAGAUCACUGACUUGCAAUUUGGGAGAGAGUACGUCUUUACCAUCCGGCCUGUGUUUGGAACAGAAUUUGGACCUGAAACCUCCAUUACCGAGAGGCCUGUGUGCAGCAGAGCACGAGCUGACAUCGUGUUCCUGGUCGACGGCUCCUGGAGUAUUCAAGAGAGUAACUUUCAGAAAGUGAAACAGUUCCUGUACAACGUGGUCUCUCACCUACCUCGCAUUGGCACCGAUGCCACUCAGGUGUCAGUGGUUCAGUACAGUGAUGAGUCCAAAAUUGAAAUUCCACUUGGUCGAUUUGGCACCCACAGGGAGCUGCUCCAGGCCAUAAGGGAACUUCCAUAUCAAGGCGGUGGGACUCAAACAGGGAAGGCGAUCAAUUUUGUCCUGGAUUACGUAUUCCAGCAGGCAGCUGGGAAACGCCCCGGUGUCCCAGCCUUGCUGGUCUUGGUGACGGAUGGGCGCUCUGAUGAUGGAGUUACAGAGGCUGUCAGGAGGGCAGAGGCUGCAGGCAUCCAUCUGUUCGCUGUUGGAAUUGGUCACGCGGAUGUUAAUGAACUGCGGAGAAUCGUUACUGGCAGAGACACCAACAACAUUGUCUACGCAGAGAACGUUGACUCACUCAGUCAGUUUGAAGGGGCUCUGGCCAACAUAAUCUGCAUUGCCGCUAGCAGACCAGGGACAUCGACACCACACCAUUGUGUUACCCAGUGCCCUCAGGGUGAGAAAGGGGAACCAGGAAGAGAUGGUCAUCCUGGAUUGCCAGGUCCACAGGGUCCGCCAGGUCCAAUCGGACCACCAGGGAUCCCGGGAACUGUAGAUGGAGGGCACAGAGGGCCAAAGGGCGAGAAAGGAGAUCCGGGAUACCCAGGAAGAGAUGGCCAACCGGGAACGCCAGGCAGGACUGGACACACCGGCUCGACAGGACAGCCAGGGAGUCAAGGGUCCCCAGGAUUGAGAGGAGAGAGGGGGGAGCCUGGAACACCAGGACGAGUCGGGCCUCCAGGUCAAAAGGGAGAAAAGGGUGAACCUACUACACAUGUUACAGCCGGUGGAGGCUAUCCUGGCAGAAAGGGAGAGCCCGGUAAUCCAGGUGCUCCUGGUCCACCUGGGUUUCCUGGACAAAGAGGUGACAAUGGGCUCCCUGGUCAAGUCGGGCCACAAGGUCCCAUCGGUCCUCCAGGACCUCCUGGGAGGUCUAUCAAGGGGGAAAAGGGAGAACCAGGUGAGAGAGGUGUUCCAACAUCGGUAGAUGGAGCAGGUCAGAAAGGAGAGCCGGGCCGCCCAGGAAGUCCUGGUGAGUCUGGUAGCCCAGGACCAAGAGGACCCCCUGGCCCAACAGGACAGAAAGGUGAAAAGGGCACUGCAGGUGAAGGUUUCUCAGGACCACCAGGGCGCCAAGGAGAACCAGGUGACCGGGGACCCAGAGGAUCUCAGGGUGAACAGGGUGACAAGGGAGACCGAGGUCAGCCGGGGGAGACUGGUUUGCCGGGAUCCCGGGGAGAAAGGGGACCUCCGGGACCAUCGGGGCUUAAGGGAGAUCAAGGGCUGAUCGGACCACCUGGUGUUCCGGGAUCAAUUGGAUUGCCAGGUACAAGUGGCCCCAGAGGUGAAAAGGGAAACGAGGGGCGACAAGGAGAACCAGGGCGUUCUAUCACUGGCCCACCAGGAAGCAAAGGUGACCGGGGUGAGCAUGGACCACCAGGAAUCCCAGGGGAGAAGGGAGCAAAGGGCAACCCGGCAGAGAAAGGCAAUAAGGGCGAGACUGGAUAUGGUAUCCCAGGGCAACCAGGGCCCAAAGGCGAUCCAGGUGAAAGGGGGAAUAUUGGACUUUCUGGGAGACCGGGAGAAAAGGGAGAUCGAGGAGCGAGCGGAGAGAAAGGGGAGCCGGGUAGAAUGGGAUUGCCUGGACCAAGUGGACCCCGUGGGAAAGAGGGUGAAAAGGGGAACAAAGGCGAUGAAGGGAAAUCGGGAGAGACGGGAUUACCAGGGCGUACUGGGGAGAGAGGACUUCGAGGUGUCCCUGGAACGGAUGGUGCCCCUGGAGUGAAGGGAGAUGCUGGUGAACCAGGAAGGUCAGGAAGAGAUGGGAUCAGGGGUCCUACAGGAUCAAAGGGAGACCAAGGUGAAAAAGGAGAAAACGGAACUCCAGGACCUCCCGGACCGCCCGGAAAACUGAUCAAUUUGGAAGACAGAAUACCAGCAGUUAAAGGAGAAAAGGGUGAUCCUGGCAAGCCCGGCGAGUCUGGACUGAGAGGUCCCAGAGGGGAGACUGGCCUCGCUGGCGCAACAGGCGACCGAGGUUUGGAAGGUCAAAGAGGCCCCCCAGGCCCACAGGGAGAUCAAGGCCCAAGAGGAUUCCCAGGGGAAAAGGGUGACCGAGGACCGCCAGGGCUGGACGGCAGAAGUGGACAAGAUGGGAAGAAUGGUCCACCUGGCCUCCCUGGAUUGAGGGGCGAGCCAGGGAAGCAAGGUCAACCUGGCAGAGAUGGUUUGCCAGGCCUGAGGGGAGAACAAGGACCACCAGGAGCAAUGGGCCCUCCUGGCUUGUUGGGGAAUCCCGGUAAACCGGGGAUUGAUGGAAAGCCAGGAAUUCCUGGAAAGAAUGGAGAGAACGGGAUUUCAGGAGAGGAUGGAAAAAAGGGUGAGAAAGGUGAUCCAGGAAACCCUGCAAGAGAUGGUUAUGAUGGUGCUAAAGGUGUGCGUGGAGACCCUGGGCUGCCAGGACUCAUUGGCCCACCUGGGCUUCCAGGUGUGAUCGGACUUCCAGGACCUCCUGGGCAGGUCAUAUUUUUCAAAGGGCUUGACUCAUCCUCCCCAAUAGCAGGACCGCAAGGGCCUUCAGGAACUCCGGGAGUACCAGGUAUCCCAGGAGCCUCAGGGCAACGGGGAGAGAAGGGAGACAUGGGUACCAAAGGUCAGAAGGGUGAACGUGGUUUGGAAGGGGAGCCAGGGACAGCUGCUAAUGUCGAAGACGCUCUAUCAAAAUUCGGGCUUAAGGGUGACGUUGGAAUGCCUGGUGAAAGAGGGUUUAAGGGGGACAAAGGAAGCCAGGGUUUUCCAGGGCCCCAGGGACCACCAGGCCUUGCAAUAUCAGAACGAGGUCCUGAAGGACCCCCAGGUAAACCAGGUGAACCUGGCAAACCAGGUAUCCCGGGACUGCCAGGCCGGGCUGGAGAUAAAGGAGAAACCGCACAUCCUGGAGAGAGGGGAGAGAAAGGGGCAAAAGGUGACCGAGGUGACCCUGGGAGGGACGGCGUACAAGGUCCAAGGGGUCCUCCAGGUCCUGUGGCUGAACUGCCAGGGAAAGGUAUUGGUGCUCCCGGGGAGAGAGGACUACCAGGGCCAAAAGGAAUAAAGGGGGAGAGCGGACAAAUCGGACCAGUUGGACCAAAAGGAGAUAAGGGUGAUGUCGGAACAAAGGGAGACCGAGGUGAAAGAGGGGAAGCUGGUGAGAAAGGCAGGGAUGGCUUUGCGGGGGUCCCAGGGGAACCGGGCUCACCAGGACUGGAAGGAAAACCAGGAUUACCAGGCUUCCCUGGAGUACUGGGCCGUCCGGGUAACCCAGGAGAGCCUGGCUCACAAGGCCCUCAGGGCCCACCAGGACCUCAAGGACCCCCUGGGCCCCCUGGAGUGAAGGGAAACCAAGGUGAUCAAGGGCCAAGCAUUCAAGGCCCAGCUGGUCCUCCGGGGAACAUGGGACUUCCAGGAAAUCCAGGUGCUCCUGGCGCUUCGGGGCCCCAGGGACCUCCCGGAGUACCCGGACAAAUGGGAGACCCCGGGAAACCAGGGGUGUCGGGGAGAGAUGGACUUCCAGGACAAGAGGGAGAGAAAGGACUUCCUGGUGAAAGGGGAAGUCCAGGAAUUCCAGGUCCUGUUGGACCGAAGGGAGACACAGGACCCCCUGGAGAGUCAAUCACAGGAUUGCCUGGAGUCAAAGGAGACAAGGGAGAGUCUGGAUUGACAUUGCCCGGAGGCACAGGGCAGAGAGGACUCAAAGGAGACGCGGGUAUGAAAGGAGACAAAGGCAUGGACGGUGCGAAAGGAGAGAAGGGUUCACAGGGUGAGCCAGGAGAACCAGGGCAAGAUGGUUUGAGAGGGUUGCCUGGAGUUAAAGGAGAUAAGGGUAUGGCAGGAGUCGGACAACCAGGCCCAGCUGGGCAGGCUGGACCUCCAGGACUGAAGGGUGAUUCUGGUUUUCCAGGACCUCCAGGUCCUCCGGGACAGCAAGGGCCUGUUGGAAUCUCUGGACAGCCAGGCCUAAGAGGAGAAGUUGGACUUCCUGGGCCACAGGGGCCAGCAGCAGAGAGGGGUGCUCCUGGAUUUCCAGGGAGAGAUGGAGCAACUGGACCACCAGGACCACCUGGACUUCCUGGAUUACAGGGUUUGCCAGGACCACCUGGGUUACAAGGUGCCAAGGGUGAAACAGGGAUAGGAGUGCCCGGACCGAGAGGAGAAAGAGGAGAUCCAGGACCUCGGGGUGAAGAUGGAAGACCGGGGUUGACAGGAGAACGAGGACUACCUGGGCUUCCUGGUAGUCGGGGAGAAACUGGAAUCAAAGGCGAUGCUGGACCAGUUGGGCAGAAAGGAGAGAAGGGGGAAGCACUGACUGUCCCUGGAAUGCCUGGACUCAAAGGAAUCAAAGGAGAGUCCGGGGAGCGUGGCCAGAAAGGAAGUGAAGGUCCGAAAGGAAUGAAAGGAGAAGAGGGACCACGGGGAGAGAAGGGACCCAAAGGAGAACAAGGAGACAAAGGUUCAACGGGCUUCCCCGGCGCCAGAGGUGCAGGUGGACAAAAGGGUGAGGCAGGUGAGCCAGGCCAACCUGGGAAACUGGGAAUACCGGGGAAGGAUGGCAGUGAUGGAGUGAAAGGAAACCGUGGUGACAGGGGAGAAAUAGGACCUCAAGGUUUCAAAGGUGACCGAGGAUUCGAUGGGCUCCAGGGAGAGAAAGGAGAGCGGGGAGAGAAAGGAGAGCGGGGCUUCCCUGGUGUUGUUGGUCCCCCGGGCCUGAGAGGAGCUGAUGGAACAGCUGGUCCCCCUGGACCUCAGGGAUCACCAGGUCCCAAAGGGCCAGAAGGAAUCCAGGGUCAGAAGAACAUUGCAGCGCAGUACAGGCCGUUCGGCCCUCAAUGUUGCUCUGACUUGUGA